AUGGUUAAAGUUUUGGUACUCGGAGCUACGGGGUUCAUAGGCUUUGCCGUAGCCCAAGCACUUGCUCGUUCAGGACAUGAAACGUAUGGGUUGUAUCGUAAACGUGAAAAGGAAAAGGAAUUAGCCAAAAACGAAAUCUUUCCAGUAUUAGGAGAUACAAAUGAUGUAUCAACUUGGAACGUUGUAGCGGAACAAGUAGAUAUAAUAAUAGAUGCGACAUCAGAAUAUAAUGAUCCAACAAAGCAUGUAACAAAUAUCUUAGAUACAAUAGAAGAAAUUAAUAUGAAAAGAAUAAAAAAUUUUGAACCAAAAUUAACAUUUAUUUAUACAUCAGGAUUAUGGGGUAUAAUAAUUAGACCCGGAGCUGCUUAUGGUAAAAACGGUAGUUUAACGGCACAAUGGUUUGAAUCCGCUAUAAAAGGCGAAUUAUACGGUAUUGGUUCAAAAGAUGUUAGGUGGAAUUUAGUACACGUUGAUGAUUUGGCCGAUGCUUACGUAAGAUCGGUUGAAAGAUCCGAAUUAGUUAAGGGCCAGAUAUUCAUCAUCACGAAUAAUCAAUCUGAAUCAAUGGGUGAUAUGUUGGAUGCUGUUGCAAGAAUAACAGAAUAUAAAGGACUUGUUAAAUAUAAAGUUCCUACAACAGAAUUCGAAAUAGCCAUGGCGCAUACAGGAAUUUUUUCCAAUAAAAAAGCUCAAACAAUACUUGAUUGGAAACAACGUCAAUUAAGUUUUGUCGAUGGAAUUUAUACUUGGUGGAAUAGUUAUAAAGCAUAUAUUUAA